AAAAAUCAAUCUGUCGUCUAAACAGGUAUACAAAACACACGAGAGGAGCAGCGUCCAGGUGCAUCCCCCCCCAAUUCACUUCAUCAAACCCCGAAUCCUCUUACUUCUUCUUCUUCUUCUUCUUCUUCUUCUUCUCGUUAGGGUUUUCUAUUUCCCCAUUUCCUUCAGCAGAUUUUCAAUGACCGUGCACUGCAACACACAAUUCACAUCCAACACCACCACCUUCUGCAAUCCCUGUUGUUAUUGUUGUUCCUAGAAGGCAGCAUCAACCACGAAUCGGAUUCAGUUUCUCGAUUCUUCUCAUCUCAUGGUCAUGGACUUCUCUCACCAUCAAGCCAACCUCUCUCUCGGUUUCUCCUCUGCUCACGCCUCACCGCCGCGCCGUCCCCAGAUUCCCGACGACUCCAUCACCCUCCACCUCGAAUCCAGCCUCCGCGACCCCUCUCACCCGGUCCCUUCGGUUCCACUCCAGCUCCUAGAACCGCAGACAGAGAACGGGAAUUCCGAGGUCGAAUUGAACAACAACAACAACGAUGAAGAAGACAGGGAGGUCGAGGAAUUUCGCAUCCUUGGCCACUCCAUGUGUUUGAAGAGGCGAAGGGAUUGCGAAUCCUCCUCUUCCUCAUCCACCAAGAGGGUCUCUCUCGAUCCCGAUCUCGAGGCGCGGAGGGCCGCCGUUCGCUCGUGGGGUGGCCAAACCCUCGCCGUGGCGGACCCUGAUGUAUACGACAUCAUGGAGAAGGAGAAGAAGCGUCAAUUCAGGGGGAUUGAGCUCAUAGCUUCCGAGAAUUUCGUGUGUAGGGCGGUGAUGGAAGCGCUUGGAAGCCAUUUGACGAAUAAAUACUCAGAGGGCAUGCCCGGUGCGCGCUACUAUGGAGGGAAUCAGUAUAUAGAUGAAAUCGAAAAUCUGUGCUGUGAACGUGCUCUGGCUGCGUUCAAUUUGGAUCCUAAGUGCUGGGGUGUGAAUGUGCAGCCUUAUUCCUGCACCUCUGCGAAUUUUGCUGUCUACACCGGAUUGUUAUCGCCCGGUGAUCGUAUCAUGGGGUUGGAUACCCCAUCGGGAGGGAACACUAGUCACGGGUACUAUACACCCAAUGGGAAGAAAGUUUCUGCGUCGUCCAUAUUCUUUGAGAGCUUACCCUACAAGGUGAACCCUCAAUCAGGGUAUGUUGAUUAUGAUAAACUUGAGGAAAGGGCCCUUGAUUUUCGUCCCAAGAUACUCAUUUGUGGUGGGAGCUCGUAUCCCCGCGAAUGGGAUUACGCUAGGUUUAGGCACAUUGCUGAUAAAUGUGGUGCUGUUUUAUUGUGUGACAUGGCCCAGAUUAGUGGCCUAAUUGCUGCCAAGGAGUGUUCAAGCCCCUUUGAUUAUUGUGAUGUUGUUACUUCAACAACUCACAAGAGUCUUCGAGGUCCUAGGGGAGGCAUAAUUUUCUAUCGGAAGGGUACAAAACCGAGGAAGAGAGGGAUACUUUUAAGUCAAGGAAAUGAAAGUGAUCAAUAUGACUUCGAAGAAAAGAUAAAUUUUUCUGUUUUUCCGUCAUUGCAAGGUGGUCCGCACAAUAACCAUAUUGCUGCACUUGCUAUAGCAUUAAAACAAGUGGCUACUCCCGAAUAUAAGGCAUACAUGCAGCAGGUGAAGAAGAAUGCUCAAGCUUUAGCAACUGCCUUAUUGAGAAAAAAUUGCCGCCUAGUAACUGGGGGUACAGACAACCAUUUAUUACUGUGGGAUUUAAGUCCCCUGGGCUUGUCAGGUAAAUUUUUUGAGAAGAUCUGCGAGAUAUGUCAUAUCACUUUGAAUAAAAUUGCCAUCUUUGGUGAGAAUGGGACUAUAAUUCCCGGAGGUGUAAGAAUAGGUACGCCUGCCAUGACUUCAAGAGGGUGUCUGGAGCCUGAUUUUGAGACCAUGGCUGAAUUUCUCUUUAGAGCUGUACAAAUUGCGAGUAAGCAAAGGGAGCAUGGUAAAUUCCAGAGUUUGAAGGGACUUGAAAGCAAUAGGGACAUUCUUGAGCUACGGUCACGGGUUGAAAGUUUUGCAACUCAGUUUGCAAUGCCAGGUUUUGACAUUUGAGCAUGAUGUAACUGGUGGGUUGGCAUUAUUCAUUGUUUAUGUGCCACACUGAUGGGUUGUCAUGCUGGCAUAUCUCAAAAUGUGAGUCUUCUUGAUGUGCAUAUUUUUUGUGGAGCUUCUCUCCUCUCUGCAUCGUACACAGUUUGCCAGGCUUUUGCCUGCUGCAGUGAAUUGCAAUGUGAUUGAUGGCAGUAUGUAAAUGUGAACUGCUGUUGAGGUUUCUUUUGGUAAUCAAGCUUCCUGUUCAUGCCUUGUCGAAGGGUGCACCUUCCAUGCUGAAUGCAGCAAAUUGGCGAUUAUAGGGGUUGGAACAGGGAUCCUUGAUCAGCCAACCUGAGUACAGAAUUCUUCUCGUGACCUGCAAAAAAUAAUUGAUUUGAUGAAGGUUAGACUUAGACACCUUGAAUUCUUUUACUUGCUGUUUGAUGUUGAAAGCAAUGGUUAUCCUAUAUUUCUUGCUAUAUUUAUAGUAUCCUUUUUGAAGAUGAUAUUUGUACUCAUUUUGAUAUAAAAAAAUACACUGGCGAGUUAAUUGUUUAA